GUAGCUGUGAGCCUCGAGCCAGCCGGUUGGUCCGUCAUGCCGCGUUAGCACUCCGAACGACAAACGAACGCGUUAAUCCUUUUACAACUGACAAGUGAUCAAAAAUGUUUAAAACGUGGAGUUUUUUUGUUUGCGCUCUGCUGCUCGCCAACGCAAGAGCACAGAACACGGAAGGGACUACUGGGGAUUUCUCUCCAGUUGUACGAGCAACAUGCAAGACCGGAGUUAUGUCAAUCAAGAUUAACUUCAACCAGCCUUUCUAUGGUGUAGCCCACGCUAGAGAAUAUAGGACCCCAUCAUGUAUGGCGCUCGGCAAUGGCACCGAAUCGCUAAACUUUGAUAUCAACUUGAUCGCUCCACAGGGAUCGCCUGAUCAUUGCGGCGUAUUCUGGAAUAACCGCACUGAUGAACGAUCGUUGCCUUUGGCGGUUCGGGUGCAUCGGACACUAGAGCUGGCCGACGACAAGUUUUACGUCAUAACCUGCGGAAAAGCUGGUUUUAAAAACUCUCGGAACGAAACUUCGCUUGUCUCACUACGAAUGCUCGAUGACCAAGGACGGAAAGUAUUGAACGUUGGCUUCGGAAUGCCUUACACGCUGAAAGCCGAAAUCAGUAAAUCUGAUGGAACGCAUGGAAUCAGAUUAAAGAAUUGUUUCGGAUUCAACAUGAAGAAUAAUACAGCGGAACUACUCGAUAAUAAAGGGUGCCCGAUAAAACAGAGUUCGGUAAUAGUAAGGUCUACAGGUGGAACGGCCGAGUUAGCGAUAGCAGCGAUGUUCCGGUUCCCGGACUCAUCUCAAGUUAACUUCCAAUGCGACAUCGCUAUUUGCAAAGGUAGCACUUGUGGAACUGUAGAAUGUGAUACCGAGGGCAGUGAAAGUCCAGGUGAUGAGGAAGGGACCGUGACGGCAUCCACGGGAGUGUUCGUUUUAGACCCCAACGACAACACAAUCGCAGCCAUGUCCUGUAUGGAGGGAAACGUGCGGCCACUGUGGCUAUUGUAUCUGGCCAUCGCGCUCGGAGUCAUGUUCCUCGUCAUGCUACUCAUCAAUUGCUUCCUUUGUACGGCUAUGACGUGUUCGUGUGCAAGGACAGAUGUAAUUGAGAAAGAUCCAUCCGUAGUAGAAGAUUAUGAUCCAUAUCGCAGUUGGCACGGUAGCCAGUACGGCAGCAGGUAUCCGUCUUCAACAAUUCACUCAACGAGGUCUGUAUCGGACAACAGUGAUCAUUAUGCUAUAGUGCAGUCAAGGCCGGGCAGCCGCCAUUCCGGCAUACAUCGAAACCGACACUAAAAGAGAUACAUAAUUGUAUUUCUGAUGGCUCGGAGUGAGAAAACUAAGGCAAGAAUUGAGACGACUAUCGGAUAUAUGGACCGUUUAUUUUGAAAGUGGUGUAAGUCCAUUUUCUUUUGUUUCGAGAAAAUUAAAGGUUACUAUAAUUUUGUUGAUUUAAAAAUACAGGCAAAU